CUCUUAUUUAUUCUCGCAGCGCACUCUUCUGGCAACUUCGUCAAUUCAUUUUUGCUUUCGCUUUUUCAUCGUUGCUGAACAAUUUGUCGACGCUUUUUUUUUUGUUCUCGUAUUCUGGUUAUCCGUCAAUAGAAAAAUAUUUCCGUAAAAACUGCGUCAGCAAAACCACCAUGAAAUGAUUUACUAUUUACAUAUCGCGUAAUAUAAUUGUUUAAUUGUCAUAGAAAUUUGUAAUUCUUUAAAGUGAAAUUCGGAUAGUGAUCUCUCGUUAUGUGCUGAACACAACGUUGUGUGAGAGUGUGUGUGUGUGCGCUGGUGUGUCCGCGUCUGUUGGUUCAAUCGGUGUGUCUAUUGUCGUUGCCGUCGUCGUCGUAGUCGUUGUCGGUGCCGUCGCACAACCCUCAUCAUCGUUCCAGGUGCGAUGAAUCAUACCGUUCCGAGCGAGUAAUUGUAAAAAUACUAAAGCAAUAGCAACAGAAAUAACUCUGGCGGUCGUUACACAAACAACAAUAGAGCAACCAAUUAGUGCAAACCAGGAAAAGAAAAUGCAUUCACAUCCAUUUACACAAGGUAAACUGUGAAUAGAAUGUUCAGCAUCCACAGCAAUUGUAGAUGUAGCAUUAACGCCCGUUGUAACAAGUGCAUUUGUGUGAAGCUGAAGUGACAACGGCGAAGCAAAGUGCAACAAACCACAUUUACAAAUAUUAGCAUCCAUGUGAAAGUUUCCUAUAGUACAAAGAGAGAGAGAGAGCAGUCAACUCAAAAGACCAGCAUAAAUAGUGGGCAGCAAAUUUGCUUUCUUGCCACGAGGAAACAUGAAGAUGGUCAAGUUGUUCUUCAGCUCACAAAAGCAAUGCAAGAAAAAUGUCAACGGCAACAUAGUUAAGUGAAUUGAGCAGCGCCUGCAACAUAAAAUAACGGUAUAAAUUAACGCCAGUGAGAGAGCGAGAGAGUGCAAGUCAGCGAGCGGCUGCAACACGCCUAACAAGUGACAAUAAAUCAGCAACACUGCUCUACUGCCCAUCAACAAGCGACUGCAGGACCAAACGAUGGCUUUACAUGCCACCAAAUCAUGCACCAGCAGCAGCUGCACCGCUGCAAUGACCGCAAAUAAACCGUUAGCACCAACAAAAACCACAGUUAAGCUGUUAAAUGGCAUUAGUGGGGAGGGUAGUGGUGGCUCUUCUCCUAACAAGAGCUUUGUGGGCAGCUCUAAAAGUUGCCAUAAUUCCAGCAACAACGUUGAGCAGCUUUUCAAUUCGGCCUUGAAGGCAUUACAUUUGCCGCAAUGUGUUGGUGGUGGUGGCGGCAAGAAAGUGUCUGCCAAAGUGAAAACAAAUGGUGAAUUGACGUUGGUUAGUAAGCAGCGUGCGAAAAAUAUUAGCGCCGAUGAGGCGGAUGACAUUGAGGAUGACCACGACGAGAAGGCGGUAGAGGACGCAGAUGAGCAGAUGGUGCAGCUGCGUUGUGCCUGUCCGGCAGCAUGUAACAAUGAGAAAGGCAAUAAGGCAAAUAACAAAAAUACAACCAUGACCGUUACAACCACCUUCCGCAGUAGCAGCACCUCGGCGCUCAUGCCAGCCGGUCACUUGCGCCCACAAACGCUGAAUGUGCACCAUUUGCGCGAGACGCCAUCGGAUCAAACGCAGCUAUUCUUUCGAGAAGUGCUAAAUGCUUGGCGUGCUAAAGCGCGUUGUAAUGUCGUGCCGGCGGAGCGUACACAGGAGCUCUUUCAUGAGCUGAGUUUUCAUCCGAGUGAGAAGCAAAUCACCGAAAUGCUGCAGACUGCCAAAUUGUUGGCCCGCAAAGGCAGCCGUCAAUCGAAUGGUCUGACAUUUGGUGAAUUUUGUGUGCUGGCAGCUGAUCUAAAACGCUUUCGCGCAUCGACGUUCUCGCCAUCGAUCUGCGACAAGGUGAAUCUAUUGAGCUCUCUACAGCCAGAAAGUAAUGACAAUAGCCGUGCCGGUGGUGGUGGCCUCUUACCUUAUGUCGAGGCCAAUAAUGGCAGCGCGUGCGCUGCAUCGACAUCAACGGGCACCGAACUGCGUAGUACAAAAUCCUUAAGUAAUGUCGGAGACUGCAAGCGAAAAUUGUCAAAAGGCGUUGCCAAUGAUACAUCGGCACCAGUCGAGGUGUUCCUAGGCGGUUCGUGUAAUCCCACCACCUGGCGUGCCGAUGUGGCGAUACCAGCGUUGAAAGAACUUGGUAUUUCCUUCUAUAAUCCACAAGUAUCUGAUUGGACGCCUGAUCUCAUUGAGCUGGAACAUCGUGCCAAAGAAAAGGCGCGUGUUUUGUUCUUCGUUAUGGACUCGGAGACGCGCGCAUCUGCUGGUGCCAUUGAGGCGGCACAUAUAGCGGGUCAAAACUGCAAGCAGCUGGUGUUGGUACUACAUCCAUAUAAACGUAAUCAAUCGAUUCUCAAAGAGCAAAUAUCCCAGCAAGAAUACAUUGACCUCCGGCGCAAUCAGUUAAUAUUGAAGGAAUUGGUCACACGUCGUGGCCUGCCAGUUAUGGACGAUAUACCAUCGGGUCUGCAGCGCACCAAAGAUAUUUUGGCUGGCAUUAGAGACCCACCCUCGAAUAUAGCAUCGAUUUUAGUUGUAGUACGCGGCGCCUUCGACCGUGUGAAUCCAGUGGAUGGUGUAAUCACUGUGGCACAGUGUCAACGCGCUCUCUUAUACUUAGGUUACGCUCAGAGUCUAGUUAAAUUAGACAAUUUAAAUAAGAUAAUAGCUUCACAGCGUGAAACGCUAGAAACGCUUGAAAAGCGCAGUACAAAAUCGAGUGCUCGGCAGGAGACUAUUAGCAGUAGCAGCAGCAGCAGCGGCGGCGGCAAUGCCAAUGCCACCAAGAAAAGCUCAUCCUCGUCGUCGACGUCAUCGUGUAACUCGGACACACCGACCGCUUCGGUAACCGAAUCAGCUGAUGUCGAUUUCGAACUAUUCUGCGUGAUUUCCGCAUAUCUGUCGGUGUUGCAGCAAGAAAUUCAAGAAAGUGGCUGCAUCUCGCCCAUAAAGGGCACAAAUGUGCCACCACCGCCUGUCUAUCUUACGAAUAUGCAGGGUGACGAAAGCAACUUUGCCAUCAGUUACUUUUCCAGCAAAAAUAUUUCGCGUACCUCGAGUCAAACUAGCGUGCCGGGUAGCGAUGAACGCCACAGCAGCAACGAUUUACUGAGUCGUAGUCGCGAUAGUGGCACUUCCUCGCCACAACCGCUGGACCAGCCGCAAAAGUCACGUUCGGGUGCACAGUUAGGUAAAGCAAAAACAAAAAUUCUUGUCAACAUCGAAUCCAUAGAAACAACCGAAAUAACAACAACCAUUCAAACCGCUCACACACCACCGACACCACCCACUACUUCUACUACGACCGCCACAGCUUAUCCCAGUUUGAGUGCACACACAACAGCACAUGCGCUUACGCAAAACAACGCUAAUGCUACCGCCGCCACCGCCGCCGCCCAAAUGCAUUCCGCGCUCGUGGGCAUGGAUAGCAGCGUGACAGCGGAAGAGGAGAGUGAUUCGAAUGACUCCGUAUUCUCGUCGAGUAGCUCCAUUAAUUCGGUGAAUUGUAAUUAUGGCGGCAACGAAACGCUUACCUUCUCUGGCGUAGAUUUUCGCGACGUUUAUCUGGGCGGAAGUUGUUUUUUGCGCACCAAAUGGCGUCAAGACAUCGCUAUGCCGUACCUGAAGUCCAAAGGCAUCACCUUCCACUUGCCGGCGCUGCACGAAAGCUUGCAAACAUCGCAGCUGGACUUGCCAGAUAAAGUAUUCGAAGAUGCGCGUCAGCUGGGCGCACAGGAGACAUCGCUAAAACGUACACGCCGGAAAUAUCGUGGCGCUGCGCUAGAAGAAGAAGAAGAGGAAGAGUUAACUGUGUCCGAAGAGACUUACAGCUGGGCGUUGCCACCGAUGCGGCCGAGCCUUUACAACCCCGCGCUAUUGGAUGCCAGUCGAGUGCUGCUGUUUGUCAUCACGAAUGAGACACGUUCGCUGGCGCCCAUGACGCUGGCGGCGCAUUGCAUUGGACUGAUGUACAAUGUGGUUUUGGCAGUGCAAAUGUUGCCCGAAGAUUGUGUGAUAAACAAUGAAAAGCUCACUGCGGCCGCCAUCAAAGACUACAAUCGCGGCCGUUCGUAUCUAAUCGAUUUGGCCAAACGUCAGGGUGUGCCGGUGUUCAACGAUUUGAAGGCAGCUUUGGAAUGUACUGUGGAUAAGGCAAAAGCGUGUAACUCCAGAGGCAGCCGUUAUGAUUGAAUGCGAUCAUCAACUACAUGCAGUGCACGCACACACUCACACACACGCGCACUUGAAUCAUCUGUAAAUACAUAGAGAAAUACAUAACUGGAGUAUGUCAGCAUUUUGUGCGCGGCGCUCUAUCGCUCUAUCGCUUUACACAUACUCACACACACAUCCACACAUCCGCACGUACAUACGACGAGUACCUACUAUAUGGGCAGCAGAUUUUAGCAGAAUUUUCAACUACAUUUACUAUGCAUAUAUCGAUCAAUAUAUAUAUAUGUAUAUAGUAACGCCAAUUCCGCGCGAAAUCAACCUUUACUUAACUACAUUUGUAAUAGUUUAAUGUUCUUAUUUAAAUGAUGAAGCUCCAAUUCUAUGCAACAUAGUUACUUAGCUAGUAAGUGAAGAUUUAACGCCUAUGCGUACAUUUUGUGCGCGUCAGAUGCCUUAACUGCGUCAAGCGUCAAGCGCCAAGCUACUAAUUCGUACUGUCUAAGCCUUUGAAUAAUUUAAUUUAAUUUAAUUACUUGUGUUAUACAUAUAAACACACACACAUAUAUAUAUGU